GCCGGCGGAGGUCAGGUGACCCUGAGAACGUGUACACUGAGCCUGGCGCUGCCAGUCCCUCCAUCAACCCCUUACCCAAACCCCAGCGCACCUUCCAGCACCACACCCCACCAGCACCCCCGCCUCAGGCCUGGCCUUGGCAAGGGGAGACGUAACCUGCCCCCUCUGCCCUCCAUCCCCCCGCCUCCCCUACCCACCUGCCCCCCUCCAGGAGUCUGCAGGAGACCCUGGGCAGACAGAACCAGAGACAGCAGCAAUAGGAAGUCCUAUGAGUUUGAGGAUCUGCUGCAGUCGUCGUCAGAGAGCAGCAGGGUGGACUGGUACGCUCAGUCCCGACUUGGCCUCACACGCACUUUAUCAGAGGAGAACGUCUACGAGGAUAUCCAAGACCCUCCGUCAAAGGAGAACCCUUACGAAGAUAUAGAGUUGGAGAGAAGUUGUCUUGGAAACAAGUGCUCUUUACCCAUCUCCUCCCCGUCAUGCCCAGUCCCCGACACACCAACCAAGCUCUCCUCAAAGCCAGUUUUCUUCAGGCAGAACUCAGAACGUCGCAGCUUCAAGCUCCUGGACCCGCGCAAGGCCAACCGGGACACCGGCAUUUCCUCACCCUCCCGCAUCAGCCCCCCCUCCACCCCCAGUAGCCCUGAUGACACCCCAAACCUCUCAGGAGACCCUUACAACCGCAGGCGCAGGAAGAUCCCCAGGAUGGUGCUGAAGAUCAACAGCAUCUUUGAAGCAAGGAGAGGGAAGAAACGCAUGAAGAGGGUGUCUCUGUCUACUGAGUCCAACUCAGGGAGAGUGACAGAUGAGAACAGUGAGUCGGAGAGUGACACAGAGGAGAAAUUGAAAGCUCACAGCCAGCGUCUGUCGUCAGUGCAGUCCAUGUUGAGGCAGACGGGGCGGUACCGGACCCUGGARAGGGACCUGAUGGACCUACAGGAGAGGAAGCUGUUUGAGUACUUCAUAGUGGUGGCCCUCCAUAAGACCAAGGCUGGAGCACCUUACCUACCAGAGGUCACUCAGCAGUUCCCCCUCAAGCUGGAGAGAAGCUUCAAGUUCAUGCGGGAAACAGAGGACCAACUGAAGGUCAUCCCCCAGUUCUGUUUCCCUGACGCUAGGGACUGGGCCCCCGUUGACAACUUCCCCAGUGAAACGUUCUCCUUCGUCCUGACCGGUGAGGACGGGAGCAGACGGUUUGGAUACUGUCGUCGUUUACUGCCCACUGGGAAAAGCCGGAGGCUGCCAGAGGUCUACUGCAUCGUCAGUCGGCUUGGCUGUUUCGACCUCUUCUCCAAGAUCCUGGAUGAGGUGGAGAAGAGGAGGGCCAUCUCUCCAGCCCUUGUGCAGCCCUUCAUGAGGGGCAUCAUGGAGGCUCCAUUCCCAGCCCCGGGAAGAACCAUCACUGUCAAGAACUUCCUGCCUGGCUCAGGCACUGAGGUGAUAGAGCUGUGUCGUCCGUCUGACUCUCGUCUGGAGCAUGUAGAUUUUGAGUGUCUCUUCUCCUCUCUGUCGCUGCGUCUACUCCUCAGAGUCUUUGCCUCUCUGCUGCUGGAGCGCAGGGUCCUCUUCACCGCUGACAAACUCAGUACUCUGUCUCAGUGCUGCCAUGCGGUGGUUGCGCUACUUUACCCUUUCACCUGGCAACACACCUACAUCCCCGUGCUGCCCCCUGCCAUGCUGGACAUAGUGUGUACCCCCACACCCUUCAUUGUGGGUCUGCUAUCCAGCUCCCUGCCCAGCCUCAAAGAGCUGCCCAUAGAGGAGGUCCUGGUGGUCGACCUCGGCAACAGCCGCUUCCUCAGACAGCUGGAUGACGAGGACUCCAUUCUGCCUCAUAAGCUGCAGGCUGCUCUGGAACAUGUUCUUGACAAGAGGAAGGAACUGGCCAGUGAGAUGCCCACCGACUCAAGCUCCCUCAGUACCGUGGUGUCGGAGGCCUUUGUAUGUUUCUUCGUAGAAAUGGUGGGCCACUACCCUCUCUUCAUGGGCGGGGGGGAUCGAGAGGAUGAGUCUGGAGCCCCCUCCUCCCCCACGCCGUCCUACUUUCAGCGCGAGGCCUUUCGCAAGGCUGUCACCUCAAAGAGUCUGAAGAGGUUCCUGGAGGUCUUCAUGGAGACCCAGAUGUUCGCUGGGUUCGUCGCAGAGAGGGAGCAGCGCAGGCAGGGUCUAAGAGGUCUGUUUGAGGUGAGGUCACAAGACUACCUUGACUCACUCCCAGGGAGCGAGCAACGUGGGGUCAACAAGUUCCUCAAGGGUCUAGGAAAUAAGAUGAAAUUCUUGUCCAAGAAAUGAUGCCUCGGGAAGGAACUCCAUGAGCGAGAGAGCAUGUUCAAGAGAGGUAGAGGAACAAACCACUUCGCCUAAAGAUGUCUAAGGACCCAAACUCCCUGUGGAAAGCAUGGAGUAGGGGAUUGUGUGUGUCCACAGGCUUAUGGACACAUACUGGGCAAGGACUGAACACUCCUGGCAAUAUUUGGACUGAACGUUAAGGACUUGAGGGUGUUGGGGUUUAGGAAUCGGACCAAAAAACAUUAAUAUUGUCCUAGCCUGAAGACACAGACCCAUUAAGAAACAUCGUUCUCCAUUGAGGUUACUGAGUGUCUUUCCGUUGCCUCUAUUGUGGAGAGCUUACUUUUGUGAAGCGGUCAGUCUUUAUAAUGUACAAUGAUAUACUGUAUAGCACAGCUCAUUUCCCUUCCGCGAGUUGGUAUAUAGAGUGUCUCCCCUCUAUGUCACUCAGGAAUGACUGACUCCAUCCUCGAUCCCAAAAGGCACCAAUGAGAACCUGAGGAUGUUGCUGGGUGGCUUAAGAAUAAUUCAAUUUUGUACAGUAGCUUUUAAACAUUCCACAUAUUUCUUUAUUCUUUAAAAAAAAUAGUACAACUUCUUUGUUAWCAGGAGGCUUAUACGUUAAUUUAUACUGUAUAGUUUCUGGAAUAACUUUCACUUCCUUUUUUUCUCCUUCAAAUGAAAGCAAACAAUUCUCCUGUAGUUUGUGAUGGACUUUAUGUAGUCUGAUCAGACGAUCGAUUGUAGAGCACUCUAGGUUACUAUUGAGGAAAUGUACCACUGUGAUAGGAGAGUGAACUAUGGAUUGGACUGGGUGUAUGCCAAAAAGAGGAAAAAGAUAGGGAAUGAAGGCAAAAAUGAAUCGAGUGGGAGAAGUGUGAAAUCAGAUCUCAUGAAAAGAGGCCUGUUUAAGAUGGACUUGAUGUUGUAGAAACAUAUGUUCAGUAUGUACAACCAAUCAAUAUAUGUCAAUCUAAAACACAACUAGUUUCACCAUAAACUUGUAUUAUUUUUAAUUAAGAAAUACCCUAAGUUUAUUCGAUUGUGUUUGAUCUUGCAGAGGAUGUUAUAGACAAACAGCUAUCACAAUGUUAUAAACUGCUUAUGUAUGUUAUGUGUUUUAUAGGUCACAUAAUUGUUUUCAUUUUUAACAGACAUGCAAAAGGUUACUGACUUGAUUUCAGAUGGAACUGUACAAUGCACAACUGAAACCUUACCUGUUAGGUAAUUACCUAUAUUAUCCACUGGAGGGCGCUCUAUUAUCUAUUUAAUUCAAACCUGACAGGCUCCAGUUGUUCAGAGUCCAGUUAACCGUCAGUGCUCAAUUUAUUAUGCUUUCUGUAAAGAUGAAUUGCACAAUCGGUUUUCCUCGUUUGCUAUAAAUAAAUGACUAAUGAUA